AUGCCUUUGUUAUCAGGGAAGCCGUCCCCGCUGGAACGGGUUGGCGGAGACUAUUUCAAGGAGUCAUUUCGGUUGUCUAAUCAUAGCGCGUUGUCGCUGGAGUCUACGCAGACUGCUGAGCGGUUGCUUGACAGGCUGGAGCUGAGCGAUGGCGACGAGCAGUUGAUCAAGCAGGCGAUGGAGGCAGAUGAUAAGGUGCGUGUGGAGAAUACGCAGAGUGGUCCCGUGGUGUGUCUGCCUGCUAACGCGUUUCCCUCGCUGCGCAGCAGCCGGAUACACCAGCGGCACGGCAGCGAGAGCACAAUGAGAGAUACUCUGGGGCUCGAAAAGGCAUCCAUGUCUGCAUCGGUGGGUGAACCGCUGCGUGGAAAUACCUGCGCGACUGCUGUGGAAAGACAUAUCCCAGAACACUAUAGGUACUCCUACAUUGUGGAAGAAGAUACGGAUAUCGAGUCUCUAUUGAGCAUGAGUACCACAGAGAAUACUUCUACGGAGCAACAGAAGAAUAGACAUCAUUUUCACAACUUGAUGGCUAAGACAAACGACACUAAGUACCAUUUCCCAAGAAAAGAAACUGCACUGAGAACCGAAUCGAACAAUGUAAGGUCUAACGCGAGAGAGAAAGAGAAGAAUGCGCUCAAUUUCGAAAGAUACAGGAUAGAUAACUCAACAUUAAUGACCGACUUCCCACAUCUCGCGAAUAAACAACGAAAACUACACUAUUACCAUGAACUGUUAGCUAAACCCCAGAAUGGUGUCAGGAAUGAUAAGGACAGACAGAAGAGUAAUGACAGUCAGCAAUCAAUUGAGGGAAAACAUCAGGAUUCGUCGAACCUGUACAAACCAAAGACUUCGUCAUCCGGUGAGAGCAUGUUAUCUGACAGAAGAGACAAGUACCCUCCUACGCCCAAGAAGUCUAGUUCGAACUCCACUCUAGAUUUGUCAAUGGAUACUGAGUUGAGUCAACCUCCAACACCUUCAUACAAGGACCACCAGAAAAAAUCUUCACUAUCCUCAUUAAAGAGUUUCUUCAAGUCUCCCAAAUCGUAUAAGAGCAAAAAUCGUUCAGAAGAUAAACUGGAUGCCACAUCAACAAAUCCAAAAAGUAAAAAGUUUAGCCACAUGUCUUCCAAUGAUAGUCUCACAAAAAGCUUCAAAAUUUAUCCUUCAUCAAGACCUUCGAAGAAAGAGGAAUAUACGUAUCCAAAUAAGACUCAAAAGGACUACAUUAGCACCCCAAUUAGGAAACCUUCACAUAACCGAUCAUAUUCAGAUUAUAGCACAAUCAAAUCUUUACAAAAAGGAAUGACUGAUGCAGAUAAUAGUUUAAAAACAUUAAGAUUGCAAAACUUAUUAGGGAAACCACCAAUGAGACAGUUGACUCACAGAAGAGCUAAAUCAGAUGAUUUUUUAUCCAUUACAAGUCAUUCAGACAGUACUGUUAACGAAAAUUUGCACACUUAUGCUUCUAGUUAUGCUCAAUAUGACAGGUUAACCAGCUCACACAACUUGGAUCAAGCUUCAGCGUUGAUUAACGAGGCUCUCUCACUAAGAUCACAAGAGAAGUAUUAUGAAGCAUCCAAAAAACUUCAACAAGCUUGUAUUGAAGGUAGUAAGACUGCUUAUUUAUUAUAUGGCAUAGCAUUGAGAAAAGGUGAAGGGGUCAAAUGUAAUUAUACGGAAUCAUUACGAUAUUUAAAUAGAGCAACAGGAAUUCAUAAUUGUAAUGAAUUCGUAAUGCGUUGCAAUAUUGAUCCACUAACCUUAGAGAAAAGUGGAUCUAUACCUAUCAUCCCUCCACAACCCCUAGCCCCAGCAUUAUAUGAAUGCGGUCUAUCAUAUUUGAAAGGUUAUGGCGUACCGUCUGCUAACAGUCCUUUAGGUUUAAAAUAUCUAGAAUAUGCAGGCUCUUUGGGACACGUAGAUGCUAUGUGCUUAAGUGGCAUAAUUUUAUCAAAAAAUAAAGAUAAGAGCCCGGAAGAUGUCAUUAGAGCUGCUAGCUGGUUUAGGAUUGCUGAAAAGAGAGGUGCCAACCUUAUCGGUUCAGAAUGGAUACAUAAACAAGAUUAUCAAAUGUAG